AUGGAUAGAAUAUUGAGCUGGAACGUCCGAGGGAUCAACAACAAACAAAAGCAAAAAUUAGUCAGGCAUUUGAUUAAUUCUCAAAAGGUGAGCUUAGUUGGUCUUCUCAAGACGAGAGUUAAGGCCCGGAAACUUGGGUCUUUAUAUGUUAAUAUAUUCAAUGGUUGGUGUUUUACCUCUAACAUUGCUUGGCAUGCGGGUGGGCGGAUUAUAGUAGCAUGGAAUCCUCUUAAUUUCACUGUGAUCAUUUUAAGGUGUACUAGCCAACUUAUGCAUCUCUUAGUGUCAACGGUGGAUGGUAAGAAUAGGUUCUAUGUCACCUUUGUGUAUGCUGUUAAUGAUACAGAUGGGAGAAAGGUGUUAUGGAGAGACUUACAGGAUAUAAACACCCAGGAGGCAUGGGUUGUCAUGGGAGAUUUCAAUGAAAUACUGACUAGAGAGGAAAGGAUUGGUAAACGGGUGAAGUAUAGUAUAGCAACAGAUUUUAUUGACUAUAUUGGGAACUGCCAAUUAGAGGAUGUCAAGUAUAGUGGGAGUUUUUUCACUUGGAGCAAUAAACAGCAAGGAGAUGAUAGAAUUUGUUCCAAAAUAGAUAGGGUGCUUGCAAAUCAGACAUGGCUGAACCGUUUUAUCAAUGCUAAAGCAGUGUUUCUGUUUGAAGGGAUUUUUGAUCAUACCCCUGCGGUUUUGUCUGUGUACCCUGAGAUUCUAAGUGGCAAAAAGCCAUUUAAAUAUUUUAGAAUGUGGUCUUCUCACCCAAAGUACUCAGAGUCAGUUAAGGAGGUUUGGCAGCGAGCAAUUAAUGGGACUAAAAUGUUUCAAGUAGUUGCUAAGCUUAAGGCUCUCAAAGGAGUCUUAAAAGAGCUCAACAAACAAGGAGAAGUGGAAGCCAGGGACAAAUAUAUUCAAGUACAUAAUGAGCUGAAUUCCUUUUUGCAACAAAAAGCUAAAUUAAGUUGGAUCAAAGAUGGAGAUGACAACAUAGCGAUUUUUCACACCAGUAUUAGAGAAAGAAGACGACAAAAUAGAAUUUUGUCAAUUGAGACCCGAGAAGGAAUCAGAGUAGAAGAGCCUUCUCAGGUAACAGAUGCUUUCUUAUCAUUUUAUCAAAGCUUACUUGGUCAAAUUCUCAAAGAGUUUAACACAACUGUGUUAACACUUAUCCCUAAAGUUAAGUGUCCUAACACAGUUAGUGAUUUUAGGCUCAUUGCAUGUUGCAAUGUAAUUUAUAAGACAACCACUAAAUUGAUUUGUUCAAGACUCAAACACAUUCUUCCUGAGUUGGUAGCUCAAAAUCAAGGAGGAUUCAUCAAAGGCAGGUUCAUCGCUCACAAUAUUAUGAUUUGCCAAGAUCUCAUUCGGCAUUAUGGAAGGAAAGAAACAAAGGCAGGCUGUGUGAUAAAGCUGGAUUUACAGAAAGCCUAUGAUACAAUAGAGUGGAAUUUCUUGGAAGAAUUGCUACUUGCUUUCCAGUUUCCUGACAAGUUUGUAAAGCUGGUUAUGAAUUGUGUUCGGACUCCUAGGUUCUCACUCAUGUUCAAUGGCUCAAUGCAUGGGUAUUUUGAAGCAAAGAGAGGAUUAAGACAAGGGGAUCCUAUGUCUCCUCUUCUCUUUGUCCUCGAAAUGGAGUAUUUCUCAAGAAUAAUACAACGAAUUGGGACCAAAUCAGACUUCAAGUUUCAUGACAGGUGUGAAGUGUUGAAAUUAAAUCAUCUGAGUUUUGCAGAUGAUGUUAUCAUGUUCUGCCAUGGAGACUUUAAAAGCAUCCAUUAUCUCUUGCAAGGGCUGAAGCUUUUUUCUUUUUCCUCUGGGCUGCAUCCUAAUCCUUCAAAAUCAGCAAUUUACUGUUGUGGCAUGCAGGAUAGCGAGGUACAGCGCAUUGUGGAGGCUUCAGGCUUUUGCAGGAAAGAAGUGCCAUUCAAAUAUUUGGGCAUUCCUGUGUGUGCCAAGCGAAUUUCAAUCAAAGAUUGUUCUGUUCUAGCUGACAAAAUGACAGCUAGGAUCAAGGCAUGGAGUACUCGAAAUUUAUCAUUUGCAGGUCGAGCUGUGCUAAUCAACUCUGUGUUACUGACAAUUCAUUCUUAUUGA